GGGAAUAUCAAAUACCGAGCCGUACUACAGCAUCAGUAGCGGAGCAUAGCCAAUUAAACACAGCUCUGCCUCUAAACUUAAACUGCCGUACUCAACAUGUAAACGGAGAUCUGAUUACAAGGAAUUUAUUAGAAUGUCAGCGCUGAAGAAGGUUUUGCCAAGCAUUCUGCAGAAGCAUUGCUGUAUUUUACCUGACAGGAAUACAGAGUCACAGUGUACACUGUGUGGUGAACCUGAAGACCAGCAAUAUUCAUGGUCGCCUUCUCAGCACUUCAAUGAAGAAAGAUAUUCACCUGCACCAAGGAACAUGAAAGGUUUAUCUGGGAGCAGAACGCAGCCACAACUUAGUUCAGGACACACUUGUGGCUUAGCAGAGUGUGAACAUUCACAUGAACACCUCCAUCAUGGCCAGGAUUCCAGGCAAUCAUAUUUACUUAGUCCCACUGACAGCUGUCAAAUGGACCACCAUCGUUGCUCCCCUCGCAGCUCUAUCCACUCUGAAUGCAUGAUGAUGCCCAUGGUGAUGGGAGAUCAUGUCUCUAGCAGCACUUUUCCAAGAAUGCACUACAGUUCUCAUUAUGACACAAGAGAUGACUGCGCUAUGUCUCAUGCUAGCAGUAAGAUCAACAGAAUUCCAGCUAAUCUUUUAGACCAGUUUGAAAAACAGCUUCCCCUGCAUCGAGAUGGAUUUCAUACACUGCAGUACCAGCGAACAUCCACCACAGAACAACGCAGUGAAAGUCCCGGAAGAAUACGGCAUCUUGUGCACUCAGUACAAAAACUUUUUACUAAAUCUCAUUCUCUGGAAGGGUCUUCAAAAAGUAAUAUGAAUGGAACAAAGGGAGAUAGUAGAAGUGAUAGCCACCAUCAUAGCCAUCAUUCUAAACAUGGGAAAAGGAGUAAAAGUAAAGAGAGAAAGCCUGAUUCAAAACACAGAUCAGGAAUGACAGGCUGGUGGAGCUCAGAUGACAACUUGGACAGUGAUAGCACUUAUAGGACACCGAGUGUCAUGAGCAGGCAUCAUGUAGACCAUAUAACUCACUGUUAUCCAGAAACCAUGCAGGGACAUUUUGGUGACCUUACUCUAAAGACUUCAAAAAGUAACAAUGAUGUGAAGUGUUCUGCCUGUGAAGGGCUGUCAAUGACUCCAGAAGGGAAGUUUAUGAAAAGAAGCUCCUGGUCGACACUAACUGUAAGUCAAGCUAAGGAAGCUUAUCGGAAAUCAUCGCUGAAUUUGGAAAAGCCUUUGGUGCAUCAGGAUAUUAAACCGCCUCUUAGGCCAUGUCAUUAUCUUCAGGUACCUCAAGAUGAAUGGGGAGGUUAUCCAGGGAUUAAUAAAGAUGAUGAAAUCCCCUGUCGGAGGAUGCGGAGUGGUAGCUAUAUCAAAGCCAUGGGAGACGAUGACAGUGGGGACUCUGACACCAGCCCUAAAACAUCACCAAAGGCUGCCAUUCGACCUGAUGCUCUGGUGAAAGCUGCUGGAAAAAGACCACUAAUUGAUCAACCAAGCCAGAGUUACCAACUACAACCUGCAAGAGAGAUGCCUACUAAUGUCAGCUUGGAUCCUGCAGGCAACUAUAACUCCCCUAAGUUUCGUUCCAGGAAUCAAAGCUACAUGAGAGCAGUAAGCACGCUAAGUCAGGCAAGCUGCGUGAGUCAGGUGAGUGAGACUGAGAUCAAUGGCCAGUUUGAAUCAGUUUGCGAGUCCGUUUUUAGUGAAGUAGAAUCUCAGGCUAUGGAUGCCUUGGACCUGCCUGGCUGUUUCCGCACUCGAAGCCACAGUUAUCUACGUGCAAUUCAGGCUGGUUACUCCCAGGAUGAUGACUGCAUACCUUCAAUGACAUCUUCCACAGUCACCUCAACUCUCAGAUCCACAACAGGCGCCUAUAGCUUAGCUGGAGGGGGUAAAAUUUACGGGAUCCAGUUUCGCCUUCCAUCUGCUGUCAAUCUGGAUCGGACACCACUUUCUACAGCUGUGGCAUAUACUGCAGGUUAUAAAAAGACUCCACCCCCUGUUCCCCCACGAACCACUUCCAAGCCGUUAAUUUCUGUAACAGCCCAAAGCAGUACUGAGUCCACCCAAGAUGCCUACCAUGAUGGCCGACAUUUGAGGGGAGGACUAUGGCCUCAGGAUGGCAGAGGGAUGUACAACUCCACCGAUAGUCUAGACAGCACCAAAGCAGUAACUCUUGCCAUGGAGACAGCAGCUGGCAAGCGACAUACUUCCACAGACAGCCACAGCUCUGUUCUCACAAGUGAUAAGGCCAUUUUGGUGAAAAAGGCAGAAGAAUAUCUCAAGAUUCGGCGAUCUUCCAUAGGCAUUCAGGUGGAAACAGCAACUGACUCAGAAUCUGAAAGCAGAGGCCUUCGAGAAUACCACUCCGUAGGAGUGCAAGUGGAAGAUGAUAAAAGACAUGGGAGAUUUAAACGGUCAAACAGUGUAACAGCAGCAGUUCAGGCUGAUCUGGAACUAGAAGGAUUCCCCAGCCAUGUAACCAUGGAAGAUAAAGGGCUUCAGUUUGGGGGUUCAUUUCAACGUCAUUCUGAGCCUAGCACCCCAACCCAAUAUGGUGCGGUACGAACUGUAAGAACCCAGGGUCUGUUUAGUUAUAGGGAAGACUACAGAACUCCAAUUGAACCCCCUACCCCGCAGCCUGACCCCUGGCUUGUGGAAUCCACACAUGAGGUAGUGGAGACCGGUCGAAUGUCACCAUGUCGACGAGAUGGAAGCUGGUUUAUGCAGCUGCUGCAUGCUGAGACCAAACGAAUGGAAGGCUGGUGUAAAGAGAUGGAAAGAGAAGCUGAGGAAAAUGAUCUCUCAGAAGAAAUUCUAGGUAAAAUCCGAAGUGCAGUUGGAAGUGCUCAGUUGCUAAUGUCUCAGAAGUUCCAGCAGUUUUAUUGGUUGUGCCAGCAGAACCUGGAUCCCAGUGCAAUGCCAAGGCCAACAUCUCAAGACUUAGCAGGUUUCUGGGAUCUCUUACAACUUUCCAUUGAAGAUGUCAGCAUUAAGUUUGAUGAGCUUCAACAGAUAAAAAGCAAUGACUGGAGAAUCAUUGAAAGUCCUGAAAAGAAGGAGGAAAAAAAGUUACCCCCUCCAGUACCAAAGAAGCCCCCAAAAGGAAAAUUAGCUGUCAUGAGAGAAAAGUCCCUGGAUUUGCCAGACAGACAGCGUCAAGAAGCCAGGAGGCGGUUAAUGGCAGCCAAAAGAGCAGCCUCUUUUCGACAGAACUCUGCUACAGAGCGAGCUGACAGCAUUGAAAUCUAUAUCCCAGAAGCCCAAACUAGACUUUAAAAUGUAGUUUUCACCAUGUUUGUUCUACUAUCCAUAUUCCUUAUACUACAAAUUGAACAGGUUUUCUUCUUUGUAUCACCUCAUAUUACAGCUUACAUUCAUGUUCAUUGUGCUGUCAACACAAGAAUAUUCCUGCAAGUUGCUUUUGAACUUUUCAAGUUAGGUAAUGUUAAGACAUUUGCUGGAUAUAUCCUCUGAAGCAUCUUUGGAAUUACAGGGAAGGGUUCAUUUUCAAGUAAUGAUGACAGUAGCAUAACUAUACAAAAUGAUUUUCGGGCCAAAUUGUCAACUAAAGAAAUCCAGUAAGCUGAUAAAUAGGCGUGUUUCCAUUUUUUUCAACAUUUUAAAGAUCAGUCACCAAGGGCAAGUUUUUUUUUUUUCUUUUUGGUAUCUACUAACACCAGCAAAAGCAGCUUGGGCUAAUGCGUGAAAAGAAAAUGCAAACUAGUAUAGAUUUUAUGUGGUAGCUCAGAACUGAUGGCUCUUAAAAAAACUGUAAUUGCACACUUUUCUUCAAAUUCCUAAAAUGUUGCAAACAUCAAAAAUACCUCAGUCGCUCACAAUUCUGUUUUUUAUGCUGAGCGUGCAGUCAUCAAUUCUGAAACAACUGAGGCUACCUCUGUAUAUGCUGUGCUUAGCAAAUGUUGAAAAGAAUGGAAAUGUACUCAUCUGAGGUACGCUGAUUUCUUCUCUUGAAUUUGAUAGAUGUUAAACUCUGUGGUAAUGAUGUGCCAACAAACAGAUAUCAUUUUUAAUCUUUAAGAAAAUGUGUCAGUAUUUGCAGAUGAAUGUUCUAUUGCACUGUGCCAUCAUUUAUCUAACAGUGAUACUCCAGCAUUUAGAAAAAAGCAAUUGAUUUUAGUUAAGUAAUUUGUUAGGCAUAAUAAACAAACAAGGUGAAGGUUACUUCUAUGUAAUUGUUAGAUGUCUGAAAAUCAGAUUCAUAUAUGCAGUUGCCUCUCUAUUUUUUUUAAAUGGGCAUGCCAUUAUCCUUAUUUUCAAGGGUUAUGCAAGCUGCAAGACUAUUUAAAUGCCAUGACAUUUGCGUUUCCUAGAUAGAUAUGAAUCUUUUGAUACAAAGCCUGACCCUGCUUGUUUCUGUAAAAUGUCAUUGAGAUUGACCGAGCAAUGAAACAUGAGAGUAUAAGGACAAAUACUGAGACAUAACAACAGCAAACAUUGUAAACUUAACAAUUAAAGAAGCACUUAACUGAGAUGAUGUACUUACUGCGAAUGCAUUUUGCUCCUACCCAUUUAAAAAAAUAAAAUGUAUUAAACUGGAAAGAUAAAGGGUAUAGUGGGCUGUGCUGGCUGCAACUGACUUUGCCAGACAGUUUUGAUGUAUAAGUAUAGGAAGUUAGCAAGCUCUGACAAAGUGUGUGUAGCAAAUGCUUACCAAUCAAUUGAUUCAGUGGGUUCCUAGUGUAAGGACUAUGGACAACUAAAUGAGGCCGUUUGAGUAAUUUAUGUAGGCCAUCUUUAGGACGUGAAACUCUGGGAGAUAUUAACACUUCCCCAAAACCAAAUCUUAGAUUUUACAGUAUAAUAAAGAAUCAAAUAUAUAAAUAUAUAUUAAGUAUUUAUUCAUUUGUAUGUGUGUGAGUGAGUGCAUGUGUGUUGCUAAAAAUUGACUGCUCAGUAUUGUCCCAUUUACGAAGUGAGAAUAUUUCUCUUAAUUUUUGAUUGUAUUUUAGUUCUCCUUUUUAUUAAAGCAAAGAAAAGGGGCAUGUACAACAUGUACAAUAUGCUAAAAGUAAGAAUGGUUUUUAAACAUUUCCUUUAUUUUAAAAUGUAGGUGUAUUAUAUACAUUAUAUACUUUUUCCAGUUAUUACAUGUAUGUUGGAGAGGAGUGUUAUGCAAAGUUUUUGCCCCCACUGCAUCCAAAUUCAAGUAUCAUCAUUUAAAGUUAGCAUUACAUUACCUCAAAAUAUAAGGUAAGGUUUUCAAAGUUAACAAUUGAAAAUACUUGUUCACAAUGUCUUCAGUAUGGGUUAAAUGUUCCUUUCUACUCCUCAAAAGCUGAAAAUAGAUUGUUUAAUUCAUUUGUAUAGUUUUUCAAUUAAAGCUAAUUUCUCUCGAAUAUUCAUGUAGCAGAGCUCAAUUAGAAGAUGCCUGUUGUUAUCCUCGUGCCAUUGUAGUCAGAAGCUGAAGUGGUCACUUGAGUUGUAGGGGUAAGUCACUGAUUACUCUUCUGAUUACAAAAGUCCCUCCUUUUUAUUUUUUUUAAACACUUUCCCAUCACAGAACCUUGCCCUCUAUGAGGAGCUUCAAAUGUUUCCAGUUGAGUCAAAGGAAAGCACCACUAGCACAAGCAACUCAUUGCACUUCUGACCACGAGAGUGUCUUUUCACCCCAGUAGGCUCAGUCCACUUGAGCUCUGCUAUUCUUCCAUCUGACUUAGUGGCAGCCUAUGAUUAGAAUCCAACCAAAUUCUUAACAACUUUCUGAUUUUGUCAUGAAAUGUAGUCAUUUUCUUUACUAAUGUCUCCUAAAACCAUUUUACUUCUGUGAUUUCUCAAAAUAAUAUGGCAAAUAAUGAAAUUGCUUGGUUACAAUGUGAGAUAAUCAAUUUCCUGCAGGCUGUUACAUUUGAGGAAUGGGUAUUGUAAUGUAAUGUUGGAGGCAUUAAACAAUAAAUAUAUGAGUGUUGCUAGUGCUGCCUUUCUUAUCAACAGGAAUUUGAUGAAACAAUAAGCUAUUCAGGUAAGAGUCUAUGUAGGCAUGUUGAAUUCAGCUGGGUCUAGUGAAAGAAGGUUUAUUAGUUAGUAUGCUAAUGGUAAGCUAUCUUACAAGGACUUGUCUGUUUAAUUGCACCACAAAGGAAAACAGACCUACACUGCUUUCCCAGAUUACAAAUGGGUGCUCACUUACUGUAACUAAAAGUGAAUUGUUUCUCAGUUAAUAACAAAUGCCCUAUUGGAAAC